CAUUAUUGAGCUUUGUCUUUUGGUUCAGCUUGCUACGAAUAAUUUGGAUCAUUAUCAGUAGAUAUCGUGUGUUUACUGUGCUUUGAUUUUCUAAGAAUUAUUGUAGCCCUGAAACUUCUGUAGAUCUUGGAAAAGGAGAAUUUUGAAAAGCCGUUUUCUCGGGAGAAGGGGGUGUUAUGUCAUCAUUGAAAUUAGCUUUUAUUUGAACCAUGAUUUUUGUGUUGAAUACGUGUGAAUGGAUUUCUUUUGAUCUUUUGUGUGUGUUUUCAUUGCUUUAUUGGUUGGUAUGAAUUACUUUUAUAACUAAAGCUAUUUAUGAUGAUGUUGAGUUUGCUUAAGUGGCAUGUGCAAUUCCUUCAAGCGGUUCUUAUUUUCUUAGAUGAGUUAAGCAUUUAGAGAGUCCUUUUGAGUUUAAGAAAAACUUAAUAAGCCAGAUUCCUAUGAGCUUGUUGGCUAGAUUGGAACUUGCACGAUCACUGUUAAGAUUUCUUUGAUAAUUUGAGGUGCUUCUGAAGACGAGGUGAAUUUUGUUUUUUGCCUGGAGCCUUCUGACAGUGACAGAAGACGUUUUGAUCUUUUUUUAAUUCAAAUGCAAGAUGGCGAAAAAGAAAAAAAUCACACAGUACAGGGAGAGGCUAGACAAAACACUUGCAUCUCCUGAUCUGACAAACCAGGAGUCUAUUAAAUCCCAUGUGUCAAAUCAACUUUGUCGUUUGAAUUUGAAACAUGAUACUGAAGGAUCUAGUGAGAACGUGGUAGCACGAAGAACUGCUGAAGUAUCAAAUUUUCUUGACAUGAUGAGAAGUGCUUCAAGUAAUGAUAAUGAUAGCAGCAGGGCUUCAGAGACGGUGCAUUCUGAAUGGAAAAUAAAGCACGAUGAUGAAGAAUUUCGAGUUAUGUAUCGUGAAGGACCAAAGGGCACUCCAUAUCAUACGUUACUUGUUGAAGGCUUUGUAGAUGGGCCUGUUGAUAUUUGUUUGUGCACGUCCUGGGAGUCUGAACUUUAUAAAAGAUGGUGGCCUCAAUUUAGUUUGCCAUCUUUCAAAAUUCUCACCAGCAAAUGUCUCCAGAAAAUACGGAUUGGUGAACAGAUUGCUUUAGUAAGGGUGAAGGUUUCAUGGCCUCUGUCAACCAGGGAGAUUGUUGUACACUACUUUUUAUUUGAGUACUUUCAGGAUGACCUUAUCGUUGUUCUUCUGAACUCGAUAUCUGAUCUGGACAGCAUCGAUGUAACUACUCAUGGAUUCACCAGGCAUGCUAUCCCGGACGCAGAUGACGUUAUAAGGAUCGAUGUUGUGGGAGGCUUUGCUCUACAGAAGGUGACAGAUAACAGGAGCUACUUCCGGACAAUAGCAAACAUGGACAUGAAGCUGGAUUUUGUCCCCCCAUCGCUCAUUAACUUCGUCUCAAGACAACUCAUUGGCAGUGGUUUCCGUCUCUAUCAAAAGGUUGUGUCUUCUAUGUUCAAAUCUGAUGAAGAUUUUAUGAAGGCUUUGAAUGACCCACUGUACACUCGUAUAAGUGAAGCUCUCUACCAGAGGAAUAAAAAAGAGAAGGCACUCGAAGAAAAAGAACGCUGUUAUCAAAUCGAUCAAGCUGGAAUGCAUCAUUUUCAAGAAGAACAGCUGGAAGAGCAGCAGGAAAACUCUAUGGAAGACCAGAAGGUUCAUGCCAUUUAUGAUGCAAAUGGGCCCCCAAAAAGUAUCAUCCAAAUUAACGAAACAAAAUCUUUUGGGGAGAUUGAGGAGGAAGAUAGCAAAGAAAGUAGGGAUGAUAAAGAAGAAGAAGAAGAAGGAGAAUAUCAGGAUAAAGAUGACAUUUUAGAAAAAAGUAUUGAAGAAAAGUGUAACUUUAAGGGUCAAAGAAUCUCUAUAAUCAGUCCAGAGGUGGAAAAAGCUCUGCAAACUUUAGAUGAGGUCAUUAAUAUGAUGAGGAAAUGUAGACUCAAUACUGAAGCGAAGGCUGCUUCUUGUUUGAGUGAUGAAAGGCCUCCAGAUAUGGAUAAGGAUAUUGAGAAGAACUUAAGUACUUCCAAAGACAGCAAUGUUCAUCCGGAAGUCUUAGCUUCAGACGAACCACCUCAAACUAGCUCUAACCGUAGUUCCAGGCGUUUAGGAUCAUCAAAUUCUUUGUCCAAGGAUGUCAACCACAACAAAAUAGUUCCAGCAUCUCCAGAACAGAAAUUUUUACCCCCUGGACCUGCUGAAGUUAACCACACAAUAUCGAGUUUCAUCGACCAUGGAACAACAGAAAACCUGCAUUCAGAUCAAAAUUCACACGAUCAUGCAAAGCAACCAAUCAGUGAGCGUAAUAGCAUUGACGAAAUCAGUGAGGAUGCAGUUGAGAGGUAUAUGAGGAACAGAAAAACCCGGUUCUGGUGUUUUCCGGGCAGUCCGAUACGGCUUAAGAAGGGAAGGAGUUGAAAUCUAGUUAAAGGUGAAGCAGAAAUGGGAAAAGCUUUUCUGAAGAAGCCACCCUUAACUGAUGAUUUAACAAGGUUUCUUCUUAACAUCCUACUACAUCUGUAAAAAUAUCAAUAAACUCCAAUUUGGCUGAAUUUUUUGUGUUUUUUUAAAUUACCAAUGUUAUAUUUAUUUACCUUGGCUUUCUUUCUUUUAUGUGAUUCUAACUCUGAUAAUUUGAGGAAGGAAUGAGCUCCCUGAAUAAACCCUUCUGGCAUAAAUUAAUGUGCAAAGGUUUCAAUGUGAAUACUCUUUUUUCAAAA